CCUACUAUAACCCGUACCCUUUCACUGUUAACCCACAUUUGAAGAUAAUUGCCUUUACCCAAAUUAUACAUAUUUAUUAUUGAAAUCAAAGCCAUAUUAAUUAAGUAGAAUUAUUUUUAUGAAAGAAGACAGAGGAAAAAAAAUAAAGAAAAAGGAAAAGAAUUAUUUUUAUGAAAGAAGACAGAGGAAAAACAAUAAAGAAAAAGGAAAAUUAAAUUGUAGGGUUUUCAGCACCUGCCCCAUAAGUCUACAGCCAUAAGCAGAUAACAGAGGUGGAGGAGGGUCACAUACAAGAGAGAGUGCUUUUCUCUGUCUGUUUUUCAUUUUUUUUUCUCUUUAUAUAUAUUUUUUCUCUCUCCAUAAAUUUGGUGUGAUUUGUUCAAAGUUUUUUUGACUCUUCAUUUCUUAGUACAUUGUAUAUCUUGAUCUAAAUCUUGUUUUUUCAUUUUUAAUUUUUUUUUCUUCUCCCAAUUUUGAUGUGAGAUUUAGUGAGGAACUGUUGAUACAUGGUUAUAGUUUUUUGGGUAUUGAUUGAUUUGCUUUGUUAUGAUAAUUUUCUGAUCUGGGGGUUUGAAUGAUUUCACUCUUUUUGAGCUUCAAGAGGAAGUGAUGCCAAAAGGUACACUGCACUAGGGGGAGCUUUGGUUGGUAUUAGGGAAGGGAGAUUUACUUACACCCACAUUUGUCAUCAUCAGCAUCAUCAAAAAUCAUACAAGUAAUAAUCUUUGAUCGUUGAUAAUGAUGGUGAAAAUGAAGUAUAGGGCUCUUUUGACCAGAGUAAAAGAGUUCAGAUAAAGCACAACAAAAGAACACCCCCUUCAGGAAAAGAUGUCCCCUUUGAUGCUCAUUCUUGAUUGUUUUGGUCAAUAAGGCACACAGAGAGAUAGAGAGAGAGAGAGAGAAAAGGGAAAGGAGUGUAAAAACUCUUCCCCUAUUGUGUUUAACUCUCUUUUCUUUCUUCCCUUUCCUUACUCUUUUUUCAUCCACACGCUUCAUCUCAUUUUUGGUCUUCAGAUGUGAUGUGCAUUGAACAAGACUGCAUCUUUGCUGAAAAGGGUCUCUGUAUUUAAGUGAUUCCAUUGUGGGUUUGGGGCCAAAGGUGUGAGGAAAGAUGCCUAUGUACCAGCCAUCUAGUAGGGGAAGGGAUGGGUUUGAAGUCAGUGGCGGUGGGCAGGUUUUGGAUCUGGAAACUGCUGUGAAAGAUGGGAUCUUGGGAGGUGGAGGUGGGGUGGUGGUACAUACUUGUGCCAAGGGUGAAAAAUUCGAUCUGAAGAAGAUGAUUGAAGAGCUUGAAUCGAUUGAGAUUCCUUCUGUGUUCAUUUGCCCAAUUUCACUUGAGCCAAUGCAAGAUCCUGUUACCCUUUGCACAGGCCAAACCUAUGAGAGAUCCAAUAUUCUCAAAUGGUUCUCCAUGGGGCACUUCACUUGCCCCACCACAAUGCAGGAGCUCUGGGAUGAUUCAAUCACUCCCAAUAGUACCCUUCACCAGUUAAUUUACAGUUGGUUUACUCAGAAGUAUCUUGCCAUGAAGAAGAGGUCAGAAGAUGUCCAAGGAAGGUCCUUGGAGCUUUUGGAGACUCUGAAGAAAGUUAAAGGCCAGGCUAGAGUUCAGGCUUUGAAAGAGUUGAGGAAAGUUGUUUCCGCCCAUGAUUCCGCCAAGAAAACAGCAGUGGAUAAUGGUGGGGUUUCUCUGGUUUCCUCAUUGUUGGGUCCUUUCACUACACACGCAGUUGGUUCAGAGGCCAUUGGGAUUUUGGUGAAUUUGGAGCUCAGUUUGGAUGCAAAGGCGAAUCUGAGGCAACCUUCCAAGAUUUCCUUGAUCGUGGAUAUAUUGAACGAGGGUUCGAUUGAAACGAAAAUCAAUUGCACACGAUUGAUAGAACUGUUGAUGGAAGGGGAGGAUUUCGAGUCAGAAAUUGUGUCAAGUUUGAGUCUUCUGGUUGGAGUGUUGAGAUUAGUGAAGGAUAAGAGACAUCCAAAUGGGGUAUCUGCUGGUCUCAGACUACUGAAACUCAUUUGCACCCAUGAACCUGUGAGGAACUCUGUUAUAAGUAUAGGGGCCGUUCCUCAAUUGGUUGAGGUGUUGCCUAGUUUGAAUGCUGAGUGUUUAGAAUUGGCACUCUAUGUUCUUGAAGCAUUGUCUACACUUCCGGAGGGUGGCCUGGCCCUGAAGAAUUGUCCCAUUGCUAUCCCCACAAUCGUCAAGCUGUUGAUGAAGGUUUCGGAGAGCUGUACUCAAUUUGCAUUGUCGAUAUUGUGGGCAGUUUGUAAACUUGCUCCGGAGGAGUGUGCUGCGCUUGCUGUGGAUGCAGGUCUAGCGGCAAAGUUGCUUCUCGUCAUUCAGAGUGGUUGCAAUCCUGUAUUGAAGCAACGAUCAGCAGAGCUAUUGAAAUUAUGUAGUUUAAAUUAUACAGCAACCAUUUUUAUUUCGAAAUGUAAACUUACGAGAACAAUACAAUGAAGGAACAGGUGAAUUGUUUAUAUGUAUACCCUCACUUCCCUUCCCAUUCGGAGGACACACAAGCUCUCAAGUUGUCGGAGAUGAUUCAACAGAGAGCUUCAUUGAGCAUCGAGGUACAUGUAUCUCCUUGUAUAUGGUGAUUCAUUGAUCAGAUGAGAUACAUCAUGUUUGGAUCUUUGGCCGGACUGAUAAUGAUGUUCAGAUAGGAAUGGCCCAUCUCUUGAUAAUCCGAAUGGUAUUAAUCAAUAAUCUGGCCAGGGGCCUCUUUGAUCCAAACUCACAUAAUGGCUAUUGCAAAGUGUUGCCCGGUGCAACACCACUGCAAUAUUACUUCAUUGUGUAAAAGAAUGCCUGCAGACAAUUGAUCUGCAUUGCUGUCAGUUGGGAAUGUAAACACUCAUAAACUGGUAUGGAAAGAAAAUUUUGCCAGCCCUUGUAUUUACAAUUGUAUAAGUAGCAUCUUUGGAUUUUACAUUCCAUUAAUCCUAUUCUUGAGUGCUUUGGCUCUUUCGUGAAGUUCCCUCAAGGAGGAUCUUCAUUCACAGUUUUGUCGAUUCACUAGCAGGAUUGUUAGGGAUUGCUCUUGUAGAGUGCUUUUCAAUCUCUUAUUCCUAGCAUAAUUGUGCAAAAGCUUAUUACUGGCCUCUAAUCUCUUCCAAGUUAAUUGUGCAAGCAUGAUAUAGCUUUUUCGCUUUGAUUGCAAUCAUAUUUCAAUUGUCUAUCUUGUUGCAUCUAUUAUGAUUGUCCUGUAGAAAUGUUGUUUAUACUCUGUAUUCUCAGUUGUAAAUGACAUGUUUAUGUUCAGAUUGAUGCGUUGUAUAUCAGCCUGAUUAAGUUGGUGCAGAAAAUGACUGCCCCGUUUUCUUCCGUUGGCAUAAAUAUACAACGAUUUUCUAGAUUUUCAAGCUUGGUAGGAAGAUAUUUUUGAGAAGGGUUCAACAGAACUAAAUGAUG